UGUCAGUCGAGGGCGAAAUUUUGUUUGUACUUUGGAUUUUUCAUGGCAGGAUGAAAAUCAUUGUAAUUCUUGUAAUUUGUGGCUUUUCGUGGUUGUGUGAUGCUUCAAGUGGAGAUCGAAGUCCCUACUAUCAAAAUUGUGUGAAAGUUUGCGAAUCGUCUAAUUGCACAAAAGACGGCUCUGAGUUUCUGAAGCCAGAUCUUCAGCCAGUGCUUGAACGUCUAUUGGUCUGGUCUUGCCACGAUGAGUGCACUUACGAGUGCAUGUGGAAGACUACUAAGGCGUUUCUGGAGCGCAACUGGGAAGUACCCCAGUUCCACGGCAAGUGGCCCUUUGUGCGUUUUUUAGGUCUCCAGGAACCUGCCUCGGUGGUGUUCAGUCUGGGCAACCUAGCAGCUAAUCUCUAUAUGCUACGCCAGUUUCGGGCACGUGUCCGCCGUGACAGUCCCAAUUACUGGCUGUGGCAUUGUUUUGGAGCCAUCUGCUGCAAUGCCUGGCUUUGGAGCACAAUAUUCCACGCUCGGGAUUUUCCCAUUACUGAGCUCUUUGACUACGCUUUUGCGUAUUCAAUUGUGAUAAGUUCUUUCUGCUGUGCUCUUCUGCGUUUUCUGCAUGCCAGGCACUUCGUGAUACGUCUCCUCGUGGGAGUUUUUUGUGCAUUGUUCUUCAUGAAUCACUUCGCUUACCUAAGCGUAGGACGACUGGACUACCGCUUCAAUAUGCAGGUCAAUGUGCUUACUGGAAUUCUCGGAGGAAGCUCCUGGUUGAUCUGGUACAUUUGCACUAGAAGCAAUCGUAAGUACAGCUGGAAAAUCUUAGUUUUCCAAGUUCUAGCUGCAGCAUCCCUAUUGCUGGAGCUCAAUGACUUCCCACCGCUUUUCUACACAUUCGACGCCCAUUCCCUGUGGCACUUGGCCACAGUUCCUCUCACUCUACUUUUCUACAGCUUCCUCAUUGACGACUGCACUUCGCUUAGAAGGGAGAAGUUCAAAAAAGAGGAAGACAUGAAGAAGCUUCUCUAGUCAAGUCAACGAUGUUCUUUCGUUAUUAAGUAUUUCGUGCAAUUACUGCCAAAAUGUAUUUAGGGUUCUUAUUAAGGAUAAUGUGUGGUUUGUGUUUUUUUUAAGUACGAGAAGUGUAGUUUGUAAUAUUUCAUCAAUAAAAUCAAGAAUUAAAGGAUAUUUAAAAAUAAAA